AUGAGUGAUGACGCUUCUACAAGCGAGGAUAAAAACAAUUGGAGAAAUAACGAGAGAAUCACAAAAGGAUCUCGCAAAGGUCAAUUUAAAAAAAAAUCAGUGAAACGAACGAAAAGCGUAGAUCGAGGAGAGAGGUCGAAGAGGUUAUGCGAGGAAAAGGAGGAAAGCGAAAAAAAUGACGAUGCGGCCACGGUUAAAGUUAAAGGUGAUGUUUUGGCUGGGAGAGAAUUAUUUGAGCCUAGCAUAUUGGCACAAGAAAUGUGGUGUUGCAGCUGUGACAUACCCUUAUCUUUUCGAUACACUGUAAAUAAAGUCCAGCAAGGCUUAGGAUAUGUUUAUGAUAUAAAAUGUUACAAAUGCGGUAAGGUCAAAACAGUAAGAACAGGAAAAAUAUUCAGACAGGGCAAUAGUGUACUGUUUAAAGCAAAUGUUAAAGCAGCGCUUGGUAUUAUAGAUGCUGGAAUUGGUGAAACACAAUUCAAUAUAUUACUAUCUGCACUGAAUAUCAACACCGUGUCAGAUACUUUGCUCAAAAGGUAUGAAAGGAUUGUAGGCCCAGCAAUUGAAGCCCUCGCUAAAGAUUCAUGCUUGAAUGUUUUGAAAGAAGAAAUAGCCUUGGCUAAGAAAGUCAAUGAUAUUAUAACAGACAAGAAUGAAAAAGACAAAUAUGGAUUAACAUUCGGUUAUGACGCAGGUUGGCAAAAAAGGGGAACCGGCAGAGCCUAUAAUAGUUUGUCAGUCCGUACAAAAACUUGUCGGUCCUGUAGUUCAGGCAAAAUACACGAUUGUAGAAAUAAUUAUAGCGGUUCAGCUAAAGGAAUGGAAGCAGAUAUGGCAAAGGAAUUGUUUACUGAUAAUCCGUUGUUCAAGGAACUUAAUAUCUAUGGUGCUAGGCUAAUUAUGGAUAACGAUUCCAGUACUAUCGCAUUAUUACGUAAAGUUUGUACACAUAAUAUUGAGCUUUGGGCUGAUAAGAAUCAUACGGUGAAAUCUUUGUCCAACGCUUUGCAUAGGUUGUCUGUGGCAGCGGGACUGGUAGACUAUUUUACUGAAAAUUUUAGUGGUGUGAUCGCGGAAUGUAAAGGUCAACCUGAUAUUCUUAAAGAAAGAUUACAGGCAAUAGUGCCUCAUGCAUUUGGAGAUCACACUCUCUGUACUUUUCAUGAAGAUAAAGAGAAUUAUGAGUAUAAAAGGUUGCCUGGAAAAAAACCUUUAGAUAAUAAAGAUCUUAAAACUGCUUUGGAAGAAAUAUUCAGUCGUUUUAUUAAUGAUGUUAAAAAAAUUGCACCAGCAGCAUCCACACAAGCGAAUGAAUCUUUUAACCAUCUAGUCGCAUCAAAAUGUAUAAAGUACAGAAUUGUUAGAGAGUUGAAAAAAAUUAGAAAAAAUUUGUAUGCUAGUAGUCGUGUAGGAAAGUUGCGCAAGAAAGCUUUGAAAAUAGCACGAUCUUCAAAAUCAAGUGGUCAAAAAAAAAAAGAAGGUAUCACUUAUGGAAGUAAUGUAGGGCUAAGUGGUGUACUUGAAAUUCCACUUAAUAUUCCAAUUAAUUUGCCCAGAGUAACCAAUGCUAUACCUCAUCCAGUGUUACCUAGUCAUAAUCCCGAUGGUUCCCAGAAUUAUAAAUUAAUCUAUGUUGAUACCGAAACCACUGGUCUGAAUCCGAAGAAAGACCAAAUAAUCCAGAUUGCUGCUUAUGAUGGCAAUACAUCGUAUAGUGCUCACAUAGUUCCAACGGGACCGAUUGCACCAAUGGCAUCACUGAAAACUGGUUUAAUGAUUAAAAGUAGCAGUUUGUUUUAUCGAGGAAAAAAGUUGGCAAGUGUAUCUAGGCAACAAGCUGUAGAUGGAUUCUUGAAUUAUUUAGAAAUAUUCAAAUCCAAUCCUUCUCAUCCACAUAUUAUUUUAGUUGGCCAUAAUGUUAUUCGGUUCGAUGCCGAGAGAAUCAAACUUUUACUCGAACAGUUUAAUUCGUAUGAUAAGUUCGUUAAUUUAGUACAUGGAUACGCUGACACCUUGAAUAUUUUCAAGAAGAAGCUACCUGAAAGGGCGAAGGAUAAAAAGAAUUCUUGGACCCAAGAAGCUCUAAUCCAGGAGUAUUUACCUAAUAUAAAUAUUGCUCUUCUACAUGAUGCGUUAGAGGAUAUUAAAGCUUUGAAAAGUCUAGUCGAUAUUUUAGAUGUUUCUUAUGAAGAAAUAGUUAGUGAUACAUUGUUACUGCUGCUACUGCUGCUGCUGCUGCUGCUAGCACUCACCCACGCAAGUCGCAACGUCAAUGGCAAACAAACACAAAAUUCGAACGGCUCGGGAAAAUGGAGGUUAUCGGCACGAACGGACUGA